AUUCUGGGUAACCGCAUGGAAAAAAAAGGAAGGAUACCAAUAUCAGAGGCAGAGGUGCACCGCGACACAAUUGCUCCCUUGUUAUCGGCGCGCUCAAUUGAUGUCACUGGAGUCAUCUUUCUGAUUCUUCGACAGAAAUGAAGGCUAAACUUCUUCUAGUUGUUCGCCGAACGAAAAAAAGAGUAAGAAUGCACCAAGUCAAGAAUGAGAAUGAGAUGAAUGUCGGCAUUCUUGCCUACUGGAUUGAAACUUGAGAAUCGCAAAUGAAAUUUAUCGAAAUCGAAAUCUUUGGUUCUUGAGAUGAUCCUUUAGAAGUUGCACCUAUAGGUAUUCCCUAUCGUUUCUUUUUCGAUUCACGAGCGUCGUUUUUUCAUUCUGAUGAGAUUGAGAUGUGAUUCUGUCGAGCUUUAUUUUCUGAACGUGAAUGAGAAUGAGUCUUGGAGUCGCGUUGCUCUUUAAUGAUUGUUCGUCAUCACUGCUGACCCAGUUCUUUUCGUAGAGGAUACACGUUCACUUGAAAAUUUCAAGCAUCACGCCGAGUGAGUUGGUUGAUCUUCAUGCCACCAUUUGAUCUUCUCUAAUUGCUGCAAUUGAUCCAUCUUUCCAUGUUUUUAUAUCAAAGAAUCAAUCUUCUCCAUGCUUGUUGAAACAUCAUUCCAUCUUCUCAUCCCAUGUUACAGAGGAAAAGCGAGUUUAAAGCGAUUACACCCCACAGUUUUUAUCGAGUUUUGGAACUUUUCUGAGGCAAGAUAAUUAGCAGUUUGUGCGAUAAAAAGCGUGAGUUGUAUACAAGAUUGUGACUAAAACAAAAGCUAGCAACGAGCAUUGAUGUUUUGACACGGUUCUAGAACAAAUACUUUUGUGUUGUAAACGGAAAUAUCAAUCUUGAAACUCAUCGUUUUCAUUCUAAUUUGGGUAUUGGUUUACUAAAAACAAAGCGACAAAAUGCAGAUCUUCGUCAAGACUCUGACCGGAAAGACCAUCACCCUCGAUGUUGAGGCUUCCGACACCAUCGACGCAGUGAAGGCAAAGAUCCAGGAUAAGGAGGGCAUCCCGCCAGAUCAGCAGCGAUUGAUCUUCGCCGGGAAGCAGCUCGAGGACGGCCGCACUCUCUCCGACUACAACAUCCAGAAGGAGAGCACGUUGCACUUGGUGUUGCGUCUGCGUGGUGGUAUGCAGAUCUUCGUCAAGACGCUGACCGGAAAGACCAUCACCCUCGAUGUCGAGGCAUCCGAUACCAUCGAUGCGGUGAAGGCAAAGAUCCAGGAUAAGGAGGGUAUCCCGCCGGAUCAGCAGCGAUUGAUCUUCGCUGGUAAGCAGCUCGAGGAUGGCCGCACCCUCUCCGACUACAACAUCCAGAAGGAGAGCACCUUGCACUUGGUGCUGCGUCUGCGUGGUGGUAUGCAGAUCUUCGUCAAGACGCUGACCGGAAAGACCAUCACCCUCGAUGUCGAGGCAUCCGAUACCAUCGAUGCGGUGAAGGCAAAGAUCCAGGAUAAGGAGGGUAUCCCGCCGGAUCAGCAGCGAUUGAUCUUCGCUGGUAAGCAGCUCGAGGAUGGCCGCACCCUCUCCGACUACAACAUCCAGAAGGAGAGCACCUUGCACUUGGUGCUGCGUCUGCGUGGUGGUAUGCAGAUCUUCGUCAAGACGCUGACCGGAAAGACCAUCACCCUCGAUGUCGAGGCAUCCGAUACCAUCGAUGCGGUGAAGGCAAAGAUCCAGGAUAAGGAGGGUAUCCCGCCGGAUCAGCAGCGAUUGAUCUUCGCUGGUAAGCAGCUCGAGGAUGGCCGCACCCUCUCCGACUACAACAUCCAGAAGGAGAGCACCUUGCACUUGGUGCUGCGUCUGCGUGGUGGUAUGCAGAUCUUCGUCAAGACGCUGACCGGAAAGACCAUCACCCUCGAUGUCGAGGCAUCCGAUACCAUCGAUGCGGUGAAGGCAAAGAUCCAGGAUAAGGAGGGUAUCCCGCCGGAUCAGCAGCGAUUGAUCUUCGCUGGUAAGCAGCUCGAGGAUGGCCGCACCCUCUCCGACUACAACAUCCAGAAGGAGAGCACCUUGCACUUGGUGCUGCGUCUGCGUGGUGGUAUGCAGAUCUUCGUCAAGACGCUGACCGGAAAGACCAUCACCCUCGAUGUCGAGGCAUCCGAUACCAUCGAUGCGGUGAAGGCAAAGAUCCAGGAUAAGGAGGGUAUCCCGCCGGAUCAGCAGCGAUUGAUCUUCGCUGGUAAGCAGCUCGAGGAUGGCCGCACCCUCUCCGACUACAACAUCCAGAAGGAGAGCACCUUGCACUUGGUGCUGCGUCUGCGUGGUGGUAUGCAGAUCUUCGUCAAGACGCUGACCGGAAAGACCAUCACCCUCGAUGUCGAGGCAUCCGAUACCAUCGAUGCGGUGAAGGCAAAGAUCCAGGAUAAGGAGGGUAUCCCGCCGGAUCAGCAGCGAUUGAUCUUCGCUGGUAAGCAGCUCGAGGAUGGCCGCACCCUCUCCGACUACAACAUCCAGAAGGAGAGCACCUUGCACUUGGUGCUGCGUCUGCGUGGUGGUAUGCAGAUCUUCGUCAAGACGCUGACCGGAAAGACCAUCACCCUCGAUGUCGAGGCAUCCGAUACCAUCGAUGCGGUGAAGGCAAAGAUCCAGGAUAAGGAGGGUAUCCCGCCGGAUCAGCAGCGAUUGAUCUUCGCUGGUAAGCAGCUCGAGGAUGGCCGCACCCUCUCCGACUACAACAUCCAGAAGGAGAGCACCUUGCACUUGGUGCUGCGUCUGCGUGGUGGUAUGCAGAUCUUCGUCAAGACGCUGACCGGAAAGACCAUCACCCUCGAUGUCGAGGCAUCCGAUACCAUCGAUGCGGUGAAGGCAAAGAUCCAGGAUAAGGAGGGUAUCCCGCCGGAUCAGCAGCGAUUGAUCUUCGCUGGUAAGCAGCUCGAGGAUGGCCGCACCCUCUCCGACUACAACAUCCAGAAGGAGAGCACCUUGCACUUAGUGCUGCGUCUGCGUGGUGGUAUGCAGAUCUUCGUCAAGACGCUGACCGGAAAGACCAUCACCCUCGAUGUUGAGGCGUCGGACACCAUCGACGCUGUGAAGGCAAAGAUCCAGGAUAAGGAGGGUAUCCCGCCGGAUCAGCAGCGUUUGAUCUUCGCUGGCAAGCAGCUCGAGGACGGCCGCACGCUCUCGGAUUACAACAUCCAAAAGGAGAGCACGUUGCACUUGGUGCUGCGUCUGCGUGGCGGACAAUAGACUCGCAGUUACGGGUUUUGUGUUAGUUUUGAUACGAAAUUCAUGUUGUAGUUUUGGAAGUUUUCACCGCGACAUCUGAAGACGGUGCACCCAAAAACGAAAUAGAAACUUUUUACGACAACUAAGUUGUUGUAGAAAGUGGACACUUCACGUUCACGUAGUAGUACAGGACUAAGACAAAGACAAACACCAUCAUCUCAACGGAGAUACUCAAUCAAAGCAGCCUUGAUCAGCAGUUUUGUUUUUUUUGCUGCCAUUGCUUGCUACCACGUGGUAAGUCCUGAAUAUUAGUUACUACAUGAAAACCGUCUUAAAAUACGGAAAUAUGAAUCCCGAACUAUAAGAAUUGAUAUCAAGAGAACGAAUUUCACUACUUCUUCAACGACAUGACUACAAGAGCAACACAAAAAAAUGAAGAUGACGUUGUGCUGAGUGGUUCUUUUCAGUGGUAAAAACUGAGGAGUGCUGUUUCACUGAAGGUUGUAAUCUAGUAAAUCUGGCUAGUUUAUGAUGACGAUUCUAGCAGUGCUAGAAGAAUGAUGAAGAGGGGCUUUUUCUUACAGACCUCUCCACGUGCUGACAUUAAACACGACUAUGAAUAUUUGAAGUGAACUAGAGGUGCACGUUGAAGAACGACUUGAACAAGAACAUUAUCCUUAUCGCUAACUUCCAUAUGUCAAGUCUACGAAGAAGUAGAACAAGGGACAAUUUAUUACUAGUACGAACCACUAUUCCCACUUUGUAAACUGCCUCAAUUACAAAAAGAACAAAUACACCAAGCCUACUGCUCGAAAUUACUAGUUUAUUCGAUCCCUUAGCAUACAAGAGUUAGCAGCUCUUAAAUGCCUCUAAUUCAAGCAUCUUUUUUACCUAUUUUUACCACUAUCAUGCCAUUGAGUAAGAACCACAUACCAAUUUACGAUACUAACUACUCAACUUUUUACGAACCACUCAUUCAUUUAUACAACGACAUCAAAUUUAUAGAUAUUCAAAAAGAAGUUGUUAUUGACUUUCGUCAUAAGGGGAGCAUAAAAGGUGGACGAACUUAUGAAAGAAUUAAUUAUUGAUAUCAUUUGAUAGGAAGAAGAUAGUACUACUUCUCGAGACCACGUUAACUAAGCACUUGUUACAUUGUAGCAGGUAAUCGUAAUGUAUGAAGUAGGGCAACUACUACAUCGACUAUAGGACUGGGGGAAGCACUUUGUUUGUUUCCAGAGCGGAACACACUCACAGUGUGACUUACUCGUAUAUUGACAACUUUCUUCCAGAAAAACUUUUGGGGAGCAUGAUCAGGGAGGAAAGUUCAUGUAGUGGCGUCAUUCGUUCAUGUAUACCAUCAAUAAAUGCGGGAAAUCAUAUUCAUUCGGGAAAUUACAAUGAGGAAAGAGGCGACCUUGGAGAAGCUUGACGGG